GAAAGGAGAAAGUAGGAGAACCUCAUGGAAAGGAGAAAGGAGGAGGAGAACCACAGGGAAAGGAGAAAGGAGGAGGAGAACCACAGGUAAAGGAAAAAGGAGGAGACCCACAGGUAAAGGAGAACGGAGGAGGGGAACCACAGGGAAAGGACGACAAGCGAAAGAAGUGCAGGAAAAGGGUGAGGCUCAGGGAGGGACACGGCAAAGGAGAGAGAGCAGAGUUGUUCCAGAGACUACCUGUGCUGUCUAAAUCUAAAACAGUUGCUCAAAAGCCUAGCUCGCUGACAACUUCCCCCAGUACCCAUGAAGAGCAAGUUCCUUCCAACUGUUCAGGGAUUGGAACCGGAACCAUUCUGCAACCCCCGCCGUCGGGUCAUCCACAGAACUCCAGUCCAAAAAGAUCUGGAGAGACCGAAUCAGACAGAGACCCAUUGAGACCCCCUGCUGUCAAGCGGACCCCCUCCAAGGGUCGGGCACCCACUGUGUGUCUCAAGAAGUUCCAAGAACUCCUGAAGCACAGGCACCAAAAGACGAGGAAGUCCACCAAAAGCAAGGAGACAAAAGAAAGUGAAACUGAAGUUCAGAAACAAAGUGAAAGAAAAUUAUUGAAACCCAACGAAAGUGACAACGGUCAAAAUGAAUCAAGACUGAUGAACAAAAACACAAGUUCCUCCCAGUCUCUAGAAAGAGAGUCGGCCAUUAGACCAACCGUUGAUAAUGACGAUCAGACCAACCGAACAGAGAGCGACCAUCCAGAGGAAAAAGAUGGAGGACACGACAGCAGCACUUGUGGACAGGAGACGGAGUAUCAAGAUCUCAUCUACAAAGAGACUGAAAGAGAAAACGUUGAGGAUGGAGAACAUUUUGAGAACAGAGAAAACGUUUUAGACGGGGAAAACGUGGAUGCGUCAGGAGACUUUUUCAAACUCCGAGAGGAGCUGGCUACCUUGUCAGUUUUAUCGAUGACAAGGACAAAGGAAAUGGUGGAUCCUCAUCGGAGCGACAAAGGCAACAAGGAUGGAAGAUAUCUGGUUUCCAAGGAGAACAGAGAGAGGGAAACAGACUCGUCUACAGAGACAAACAAGAAGACCGAAAAGGGAAAAGGAUCCGUGGUGGAGGCGUAUAGGAGAAGUUUGAUCAUCCAAGAGGUGGAGGAGAAAAUGGAGGAUGGGUAUUUGGAGAUGGAGAUCUCCAGCGAGGAGUUGGAUGUGGUUGAUGAGGUCCAGCAGACGUUGGGCUACGCCGGGGCUGAGGAAGUGAGUGGGGAAGAGGAGGAGAUAGAUGUAGAGGAGAUGGGUCCAACGAUGUAUCCUGAUGCAGCUUGGCAAGAGGUUCCCGGCGCCAGAGAAGUGGACCAAGCGAGUUCCACCAUGGCCAGCUUCAGAGGCAUCACCCACAACCAAAUCCACCUCCCUCAGAAAAUCAAAAUGGCGACCGCUGCCCCCGAGAUGGCCGACGUGAGUAUUCCGACCCCUCUGGAGGCAGAGCCUUUCACGCUGACAUCACGAAGGGUCACCACGGGGUCAACAGGAAGCUGGGAGCCAGAGGAGGAAGAGGACGUGGAGGUGGACGUUCUUGAGUGGUCGCCGGAUGUGCGACCAAGAGUGUGGGGAGUGGGACUUGAGCAAGGCGUCACAGAACUGACCGAGGAAGAAGAGAUAGACGUGAUGGGAGAGGAAACGGACUGAGUAAGUGGGAUGGUGUACUCUUAGGGACGUGUUAAUUUAGAAUCCAGUAAAAAAUAAUUGGAGAACGCAAGUGUGUAUUCUUCAACAGAAAGGCUAGCUUUACAUUUGUGUGUUCUUCAUUGGAAACGUUUGUUAUUUGCCACAGAUUCUAAACAGUGUGUUCUUGAGAAGAAAGGCUACCGUUCCUAAGCAACCUCCCCGCUCCUCCUCUCCACACUGUUAACUAUCGGAGCAGCCCCAACCUUCCACACUGACUUGAUGAGACUAACUCACAAAAUGAGGGUCUCGCUAUAUAAAAAAAAAAAAACCUUUGUUGAUUGUGAUUUUGUUGUUGUUGUUUUUGUUGUAACUGUUCUUCAGCAGAGUGCCUUAUGAGCCCUAGACUAGAGACUCGGCAAACGCAGCUACUCUUUUGUUACAUUUCAGGGCCUGUAUUGACAGCUUCUCAGAGUACGAGUGCAGAUCUAGGAUCAGUUUCUCCUUUCAAGUCAUAAUGAGUAACAGGGCCUACUCUGAGACGCUGGUUAAUACUGGACCCUGGUGUUCAUGCUGGUUAUUUUUAUACCUUCAGAAUCAGUCAGUGUCCAAUCAGAAGCACUUAAAUAUGUUUACAUCUGCCACUUUUGACAAGUUCUUUAUUAUUAUUAUUUAUUAUUUGUAGCUUCAUUGUUUGUAUAACUUUGUAAAUUAGAAAGAAGGCCUGUCAUUUAAAUAUAAUAAUUGUGUUGUAUUAAAAUGGCUUUAUUGACCACAGCUGUCUAAUAGAUUUGUUUUCCCAAGCACAGCCAUUUUGUAUUUGCUUAAACCUAGCUAUUGAAGUAAACAUUUAACUUUGCCUACUA